AUGAGCCGUGAGUCCGACCCCGAACGCCCAGGAUCUUGGACUCCUGGCGGAGCCUUGAAUGCCAGGCUCAGCACCUCGUCUUUCUCUCCUGCAGGGAAGAGUCUCUCGUUCGGGUUCCCUCUGUUCCUGCUCCUGCUGCAACCGUCCCCGCUCCUGCUCGCAGACCCAGGGGCGCCCACGCCAGUGAACCCUUGUUGUUACUAUCCAUGCCAGCACCAGGGUGUCUGUGUCCGCUUUGGCCUUGACCGCUACCAGUGUGACUGUACCCGCACGGGCUAUUCCGGCCCCAACUGCACCAUCCCUGAGCUGUGGACCUGGCUCCGGAAUUCAUUGCGGCCCAGCCCCUCUUUUGUCCACUUUCUGCUCACACAUGGGCGCUGGUUCUGGGAGUUUGUCAAUGCCACCUUCAUCCGAGACACGCUCAUGCGCCUGGUACUCACAGUGCGCUCCAACCUUAUCCCCAGCCCCCCUACUUACAACUUAGCACAUGACUACAUCAGCUGGGAGUCCUUCUCCAAUGUGAGCUACUACACCCGUAUUCUGCCCUCUGUGCCUGAAGACUGCCCCACACCCAUGGGAACCAAAGGGAAGAAGCAGUUGCCAGAUGCCCAGCUCCUAGGCCGCCACUUUCUGCUCAGGAGAAAGUUCAUACCUGACCCCCAAGGCACCAACCUCAUGUUUGCCUUCUUUGCACAACACUUCACCCAUCAGUUUUUCAAAACUUCUGGAAAGAUGGGUCCUGGCUUCACCAAGGCCCUGGGCCAUGGGGUAGACCUUGGCCACAUUUAUGGAGACAAUCUGGAGCGUCAGUAUCAGCUGCGACUCCUUAAGGAUGGGAAACUCAAGUACCAGGUGCUGGAUGGAGAGAUGUACCCACCCUCGGUAGAAGAGGCGCCUGUGUUGAUGCACUACCCGCGGGGUGUCCCGCUCCAGAGCCAGAUGGCCGUGGGCCAGGAGGUGUUUGGGCUGCUUCCCGGGCUCAUGCUCUAUGCCACGCUCUGGCUGCGUGAGCAUAACCGUGUGUGUGACCUGCUGAAGGCUGAGCACCCCACCUGGGACGACGAGCAGCUGUUCCAGACAACCCGUCUCAUCCUCAUAGGGGAGACCAUCAAGAUUGUCAUUGAGGAGUACGUGCAGCAGUUGAGUGGCUACUUGCUGCAACUGAAGUUUGAUCCAGAGCUGCUGUUCAGUGCGCAGUUCCAAUACCGCAACCGCAUAGCCAUGGAGUUCAACCACCUCUACCACUGGCACCCACUCAUGCCCAACUCCUUCAAGGUGGGCUCCCAGGAGUACAGCUAUGAGCAGUUCUUGUUCAACACCUCCAUGCUGGUGGACUAUGGGGUCGAGGCCCUGGUGGAUGCCUUCUCUCGCCAGAGAGCUGGCCGGAUUGGUGGGGGUAGGAACAUGGAUCACCAUGUCCUGCAUGUAGCUGUGGAUGUCAUCAAGGAGUCGCGGGAGAUGCGGCUGCAGCCCUUCAAUGAGUACCGCAAGAGGUUUGGCAUGAAGCCCUACACCUCUUUCCAGGAGCUCACAGGAGAGAAGGAGAUGGCAGUGGAGCUGGAGGAGCUAUAUGGAGACAUCGAUGCCUUGGAGUUCUAUCCGGGGCUGCUUCUUGAAAAGUGCCUACCGAACUCCAUCUUUGGGGAGAGUAUGAUAGAGAUCGGGGCUCCCUUUUCCCUCAAGGGUCUCCUGGGAAACCCCAUCUGUUCUCCAGAGUACUGGAAGCCGAGCACAUUUGGUGGUGAGAUGGGCUUUAGCAUUGUCAACACGGCCACCCUGAAGAAGCUGGUUUGCCUCAACACCAAGACCUGUCCCUAUGUUUCCUUCCAUGUGCCCAACUCCAGUCAGGACGAUGAGACUGUUGUGGAGCGACCAUCCACAGAGCUCUGAGGGAAGGGAAGCAGCACCCUGGAGGGGAGAGCUUUGUGCUUGUCAUUCCAGACUGCUGAGGCCAGGGUUGAUGGUAUUCAAUGUCGAUUUUCUGGUUUGGCAUUGUGAGUAUAGGAGUUGACACUUAGAACUUUGGGUCUCACCCAUUAUCUGGAAUAUUGUGAUUCUGUUUGCCAUUCUAGAAUGCUGAAUUCCUUGUCAACCCUUCAGAAUGUUAGGAGUUGUUCUCGUUUGGCCCUGCCAGGACACUAGUUGACCACCUAGAAUGUAGAUUUCUGGGUGAUUUGGAAUGUAGGGAUUCUAGAAUAUGGAGCCCCUGAUGAAAUCUAGAAAGUUAGAGGGUUCUUACUUUGCAUUCCAGAAUCUUGACUUUCUGAUCGUGAUUCAGGACGUUGUGUUCCUGGCUGAUGAUCCAGAACAGUGGCUGGUAUGCCAGAUCAGUCAUGAUCUGAGCCUAGAAUGUUGAUUUGACUCAUUUUCCUGUUCAAUGAGGUAUCCAUAGAGCAGGAGAUCCUGAUGUCCAACAAGAAUGCAUUGCCUGAAUCUGUGCUUGCACUGAGGGCACAAGAAGUUGGAUGUUCUUCCUGGGACCUCCUACUUAGACCCUGGUCUGAGGAUGUAAAGAGAAUAGGUGGGCUUUUUCAUGCCAUUGGUUGUAAGCCACCAGAGCUCUGUCCCCAUCCAGGUCUUGACUUGUGGCAGCUGUUACUCAUGAAGCUAAUAAAAUUCUCCUUCCAAAGUUG